AUGGCGAAGAUUGCCAGGGACUACCACGAUAAUCUUCAGAGAGAUAAUCUCGCGUCCAGACAGGAUGUAGCAAAUGCCACAGAAGAGGUCCUCGACAAAAUUAAUAGACACCUGUCGGAUGAAGAUAAGCUCAUAAUGCAGGCUACACUAACAGAAGAAAACAUUGACGAGGUACUUAAGCUGCUACCUAACAGCAAAGCAAUGGGAAUCGAUGGCCUACCAUACGAGUUCUGGAAAUGGCUGAAAGAAGUGUCCGAUCCGACAAAUCAGAGUGACGACACGGAAUCUGAGAACUUCAACCUCACCAAAUGUAUCACACAGGUAUACAACGACAUAGAAACAUUCGGAGUCGCAGAGGAGACCCAUUUCUCCGAA